UAUGGCAAACAAUUAUUUAAAAUAAAAACUUGUAAUGUCUUUUAAAUGCCUACACCGCUAGGCACUGUAAUGUACAAACUACUAAAAUACUUGAGAGCUUUUGAUAAGAAUUCCACUAACCAACGAAUGAUAACGCCAAAUAGAUUAGAUCAGUUGCAUCGGUCAGCCCGUCAUGAACAUUUGGUUAAGAAGUGCUAGAACUCUAAAAUGUUAGAACAAGAAUACAUCGAUCUGAAUGACGAUUAUUCAGGGAAUAUAACUAACUACUACCCAUCAAAUGCAGUAGGUUUGUCUCAAAACAGCAAUCAUCAAUCCACUGACCGAAGCAAAAGCUUGAACUUUGGAAAGUCAUGGAUAGCAAAUCACAUAAGCAAAGAUUCAAUUUAUAAGAAAAAGAACCGUUGGGGAACUAAGAAGCUGACUCAUUUUAUUGAUACAAUGUUAACCUAUGAUUUUAAACAUGGCCUAAAAACUGCAAGUCAUAAUUUCAAUGUGCCUAGGACUGAAGGAAUGAAGAAUUUAGGAUCAUCCAACCAAAAGUCGGAACCGUCGGACAACAGUUCAAGAGAAACCAAGGAAAGCCUCCCCUCGAUGAAAAAGACUGAAAAGGAAACGACGCUUCACGCAGUGGACACCAUAUCAUGGAAACCCAAAAACAAUACGGAUCACAAAUACAUGAAAGAAAACAUGCCUAACGAAUUAAAUUUAAUCGACAGUGCUGAAGUUCAAACAGAGAGAGAGGCAAAAAACACAGAACAACGAUUGGAGGAAUAUAUUACAGAAACAUGGGAAAAAUAUCGAAAACGAUUUGAACACCUUGGCGAAAAGAAUCCUUUUGCUUCUGACCCUCCUACUCCGGACUUUUUGUUAAGGAAACAUGGUCUGGCCAGUGAAUAUGAUCAGAGUUCGUCAAGUGAAGACUCUAGAAUUUAUGAGCCAGUUACCAACAAUGAAAAUCAUUUAGCGUCUAUGACAGUCGACGGGGCUGAAAAUGCUUAUCCAUUACAGGAAUCUAGUAUGGAUCCUGAAAACAUUGUUCAGCAUAAAACUGUCACAUCCCCAAUCCUAGAUGAAAACAUUCCUCUAAAUACGUUGGAACCGGACUCAGAGGAAGAAACAGAAGAACUUCAUCUCCAUAAUGAAACAAACUCAGAGUCUGAUGAAAUUGUGAUCAACGACGAUUCGUAUUUACCGAUCGAAGAUGAAGAACAGAUUGCUAAUGAUGCGGAGGAAGUACAAAUACAAGAUGAAAAACUACUGAAUUUAAAAAACGGUGCCAAAAAUACUGAGAUGCCUUCUAAUGAAUAUGACGAAAUUAAUUUCCUAAAAUCUACAGAAAACGCUUUGAUAUCUCCCCUACGAAACGUUAGGUCACUCUCUACAAUUGAAGGAAAUCAUCCAAGAACAUCUAAUAUACGGACAAAAAGUCAAAAGAUAUAUCACUUCGAAAAAGAACCUAGAAUAAUUCGAAAAUCAAACAGGAAAUCUCAAAAACAGCAAACUAUAAAGACCAAUAUGAAUGAAACUUUUAAACCCCUUGUAAAUCAGUACGCGUUUUCUCCUUUCGGAGGAGCGCCAAUGAUGUCACAACCAGGUCCGUUUUAUGCCUUUCCACCUCCUGCUCUUCCAUUCAACUAUUGGAUGGCCAAACCACCAAUAAGUCAAUUUAACAUGUUUCCCUACAGUUAUCCAUGGCAAAAUGUACCUUUUCAAUCUCAUUACUAUCAACCAGUUCUCAGCCAGAACGUGGCUUCUAAUCCUUAUCUCGGUCCUCCUAGCAUAUAUCAGCCCAACAUGAACCCUAAUUUAUCAGGAAGUCCGUAUACAACCACUGCCCAGGGGGUGACUAACAGUCCAGCCGAUUUUGAUCCAGGACAAAGAACAACUAACUCAGGUUCAUUUCCGGUGAAACGAGGUGAAACGAAUAAAACCAACAUUAACUAUAUGAAAAAAGAAAAUAAAACGACGCAUUCUCAAUUUUCCAAACCUGAAACUGGCAAUACGUUUUACGACCAUUAUGGUCAGAGUUAUCUUCAAUCUAGUUCAAGACAUCGUGAAAAUAAAGUUCUCGGUCAGCCUUUCAAGAACGAUCAAAGAAUAACAGAACCUGAGCCAUAUAAUAGAAUGCAAAAUCCCAAUUAUGAAAAACAACCUUCACAAUAUUCCCAGCCUUAUGUGAGAUCAAGUCACCUACCUGAUGCACAUAACUCAAGACUAAAUCCACCUUCUCCCACCUACGGUAAUGCGCCGUUGAUAUCUAGCCAUGGUGACUACUCAACUGCACGAAACUGGACGAAAUCACAUGUUCCGCCGCCCUCUUAUCCAGUACCUAAUGGAAAUCAGAGAGGGAAUAGUCAAAAUCACCAAUAUGAUUUUCUUAUAAAUGAGCAAGAAAGAGCAAGGUCAAGACCGAACUAUGAAUUUCCAUCUUACCCAGGAGCAAGGCCCUCUACAAAUCCAGGCCCUGGCCAGUCUUGGUACCAUGAGGUGCCUCAUUAUCCUCAAGAAAGCAAUUCUAUUUCAAAUUUCUAUGGGAAUAUCAAUCCACAAUUUAACUCACAAUGGCCUGAGAAGUAGGUAUGUUUACGAUUUUACAUUUUAUAACCACUUUUAGUACCUAAUUCUACUGCCAUAAUACCUUACCUCAUAAAUAUAUAUUUUCUCUGAAUAAUUAUGUGUUUCUGUAUGUACUCGUAUUAUUAAAAUUGAAGAGUUACAUUAAUCAUUGGGUUAGCUAACAAUGAAAAAUCUAAAUAUUAUUUGAGAAAUAAUAUUACUCAUAUUAAUAUUUUUCUAGUAUUUUUUUGCAGUUUAUUUUCAUCUGCAG